UAAAAAAAAAAAAAAUAUAUAAAUUAAUAUUAACACAAUCUCAAUAUUCAUGUUUUAAAACAGUAUCUUAUAAGUGACUAUUCUAUCAACAAUGUAACAUAUUUUUUUUAAAUCAAAACCGAUAAUAUAAUACAGAAUAAAUUCUAAAAACGUAAUCAAGAAAUGCCAUAAACUAUAAAUGGUAAAUUCAAAAAACUUGGAUGCAAGUCAUAUUGAAUUAAACAAUAUACUGUAGACACAAGAUACAAAUCCAAAUAAUAAUAUAAAACUAUUUCUUUUUGACUAUUAAUAAUUAUUAUCUACUUUACAUAAUGUACAGAGUAAUACCAGAUACAGAUAAUAAAGUCAAACGGCCUCAAAAUCCAAGGAAAAAUGCAAACAUAUUUGAAAUUAUUUCAUUUAGCUGGAUGAUGGACAUAUAUAAACUAGGACAAAAAAGGGACUUAGAAGAAGAUGAUUUAUAUACAACAUUAAGCGAUCAUAGUUCGUCAGUAUUGGGAAACAAAUUAGAAAAACAAUGGAGAUUGGAAAUUGUGAAUGCACAUAAGACAAAUCGUGAGCCUAGCUUAUUGAGAACUUUGAUUCGAAUAUUUGGAUAUAAGUUUAUGAUUUAUGGAUUUAUACUCUCCAUUGAUAAAAUUAUUUUGAAAACAUCUCAACCUUUAUUUAUUGGUGGAAUACUAUCAUACUUCAACCCAGAUGGUCCUAAUAAAACGAACUUAGAGUAUGCAUUAAUUUGUGCAUUUGGUUUCAUGUUUAGCAUGCUAACUUCAAUAAUUUUAUAUCAUUCAGCACAAAUUGAAAUCUUACACACUGCAAUGAAAGUUCGAGUUGCUUGCUGUUCAAUUAUUUAUAGAAAGUCAUUACGCCUUAGUCAGAGAGCUAUUGGUGAUACCACGAACGGCCAAGUGAUUAAUUUGUUAUCAAAUGAUGUAAGUCGAUUUGAUAAAUCGGCUACAUUUCUUCACUACAUAUGGAUUGGUCCAUUGCAAACAAUUAUAGUCACUUAUUUCUUGUGGCAGGAAAUUGGCGUAUCUUCAUUAUUAACCAUAGUUGUACUAUGUUUAGUGGUUUCGAUACAAGCAAGGUUAGGAAAGAAACUUAAGCAGUGUCGAAUGAAGACAGCUGAAAUGACUGACAAAAGAAUACGUUUAAUAAAUGAAAUAAUUUCUGGUAUAAAAGUAAUCAAGAUGUUCACUUGGGAAACGCCUUUUGGAAAACUAAUUGAUUUUAUAAGAAAAAUGGAAAUUCGACAUAUACGAAUAUCGCUGUAUAUCAAAAAUGCAAUGAUUGUGUUAGCAUUAACUCAAUCAAAGUUUCAACUAUUUAUAUGUAUUUUAUCAUACGUAUUACUAGGAAAUUAUAUAUCAGUCCAAAAAGUUUUUGUCAUAUAUACUUUGUUUAAUGUAUUAAACCCCUGUCUGCAUUUUUUUUGUCAAUGUAUAUCGGAAAUAUAUGAAUUGCAAGUUUCAAUCAAACGCAUACAGGAUUUUUUAUUACUCGAAGAAAAGGAUAAUCAAUUACCAAACAAAUUAAAAUCUUCCGAAUCAAUAAAUAAAAACAAUUUAACAAAGUAUAUUGAAAAUGAUGAUGGUAGUUUAAAAAAGAACACUGAACUUCAAAAUAUUCAUAGUGUAGUAUUUUCAAAAGCAACUGCUAAAUGGACAGAUGUUCAAACUAGUUACACUCUAGAAAGCAUUAAUAUUUCUGUGUCAUCGGGUCAAUUGAUUGCAAUUAUUGGUGCUGUGGGAGUUGGAAAAAGUUCGUUAAUGCAAGCUAUUCUACGAGAAUUACCACUUUCUGAAGGCUUCUUAGACGUACAUGGUGUUAUUUCUUAUGCAUCGCAAGACCCGUGGAUAUUUUCUAAUUCUAUAAAACAGAAUAUUAUAUUCAAUUCGCCAAUAGAUGAGGAUCGUUAUAAACAAGUAAUACAAGUAUGUGCAUUGAAAAAUGAUUUUCAACAGUUUCCAUACGGUGAUAAAACAAUUGUAGGAGAAAGAGGAGUUACUCUAAGUGGUGGACAAAAAUCAAGAAUAAAUUUAGCUAGAGCUAUCUAUAAAAGAGCAAAUAUUUAUUUAUUGGACGAUCCUUUUUCAGCUGUAGAUCCACACGUUAGCAGUCAUUUGUUUGAAAAAUGCAUUAAAGGUUUCCUCAAAGAAAAAACUUGUAUUUUAAUCACACACCAAAUACAGUACUUGGCUAAGGUCGAUAAAAUUAUUCACAUAGAUAAUGAAAAUAUAACAAUGGAGCGUACUUAUGAAGAAAUUCAAGCAUCUGAUUUGAGCUUUCUAAAAUAUCUUCAAUCUCCAGAAGUCAUGUCCGAUAAUCAAAAUAUACCUAUUGAUAAUGAUUGUGAUUAUAGUGCUGACAAAAAGUCUAUAUUAUAUCGGAAAACAUCUGUAACGAGUGAUGUAUCGUUAUUGUGUGAUAGUAAAGAAAACACAAAUCACGAAGAACAAGUGAAAAAAGUUGAAAUGCGAUCUUCAGGAAAUAUUUCUUGGGACACAUAUUUGGCAUAUUUUUUAAGUGAAAGAAAGAAAAGCAUAGUAUUAUGUUUGAUAUUUACAUGUUUUUUGUCUCAACUAACAAUAUCUUGUGGAGAUAUAUGGAUUACGUAUUGGGUAAAACUAGAGGAAUCAUUAUUUCAGAAUAUAAGUUUGUCUACGUCAACCAUUAAAAACUCAGUUAACACAAUUUUUUGGUGGUCAAUCAAUCGAGAAACAUGUAUUUAUAUUUUUGCUGCUCUUACUGUCUUUAUAACAAUAACGGACAUGUUUAAGUCAUUUGUUACUGUAUCGGUGUGUAUGAGAGCCUCUACAAAUUUACACAAUAAUAUGUUCAACGCUUUGAUCAGAGCUAAAAUUAAUUUUUUCAAUACAAAUUUGUCAGGCUCUAUUAUUAAUCGUUUUUCUAAGGACAUGGGUGCCAUAGAUGAGAUUUUGCCAGACACCAUAAUGUCUUGUGUUAAUAUUAUAUUGGGUUUAGUAGCAGCUGUGAUCAUCGUUGUAUAUAUUAACAGUUACCUAAUAGUACCUACCGUUAUCAUUGCGUUUGCCUUUUACAAUAUGACAGUUUUUUAUUUAUCAUUAUCUCGAAGCGUAAAACGGUUGGAAGGAAUAACUCGUAGUCCUAUCUUUACUCAUUUGAAUGCAAGUAUUCAAGGUUUAACAACUAUUAGAGCAUUCAAAGCUGAAAAUAUUUUAUCAAAAGAAUAUGAUGCUCAUCAGGACUUACAUUCUUCAGCGUGGUAUUUAUUUUUAACAUCGAGUAGAUCAUUUGGACUUUGGUUAGAUUUUAUUUGCUUUAUCUAUACAUGCAUAGUCACGUUAAGUUUCUUAAUAGUAAGCAAUAGUAUAUAUGGAGGAAAGGUCGGUCUUGCUAUUACACAAUCUUAUGGACUAGCUGGUGCUAUGCAAUGGGUGAUGAGACAAAUUUCUGAACUAGAAAAUAACAUGACGUCAGUUGAAAGGGUACUAGAAUACACAAAUAUACCACAAGAAAGUUCUAUUGAACUAUGUGCAGAUAAAAAACCACCAUUGAAAUGGCCUUCAAACGGACAAAUAACAUUCAUAAACUUUAAAUUACGAUAUGAACCGAAUUCAUCAUGCGUUAUAAAUAACCUCAAUUUAAACAUAGAAUCAAUGCAAAAAAUAGGAAUCGUUGGAAGAACUGGUGCCGGAAAAUCGUCUUUAGUUGGGUCCCUAUUUAGAUUAGCUUUUCAUGAAGGUAAUAUCGUCAUUGAUGGUAUAGAAAUUCAUGAAAUUGAUCUGUAUGAAUUACGUUCUAAGCUCACCGUCAUCCCUCAACAACCAGUAUUGUUCUCGGGUACAAUUCGAAAAAAUUUGGAUCCUUUAGAAGAACACUCAGAUCAUAUUCUUUGGGACGCACUAGAUGAAGUCGAGCUUAAAUAUUUUAUUGAAAAUUUACCUGAUGGUCUUCAUUCAAAAAUGUCGGAAGAUGGUUCCAAUUUCAGUGUUGGUCAAAGACAAUUAAUAUGUCUUGCGAGAGCUAUUGUUCGAAAUACAAAAAUUCUUGUACUAGAUGAAGCCACUGCUAACGUCGAUCAACAAACAGAUGCAUUGAUUCAAAAGACAAUCAGAAACAAAUUUCGAACAUGUACUGUCUUAACAAUUGCACAUCGGUUAAACACUGUUAUUGAUUCGGACAAGGUGCUUGUUAUGGAUGCAGGAACAGUGGCCGAAUUUGACCAUCCGCAUAAUUUAUUACAAAAUAAAGAAGGAGUUUUUUACAAAAUGGUGGAACAAACGGGACCGGAUACUGCUAAUUUAUUGCAUAGAUUAGCCGCAGAGAGCUAUAAAUGAUAAAUUUAAUUAUUGAACCUUAAUGAAAAUAAUUCAUCAAGAAUAUAGAUCAAAUCUCGCAGAAAAACUCUAUAAGUAUAAAUAUUAAGUUAUUGUUUGUACUUCAUAUUGAAGAUAAUACGAUUGGAAAUGAUGUGUGUCAUUUAAGAUAAUGCCAUUAAACCGAUGUUAUAAAAUACAAAAUAAAUCCAUCUAUAAUAAAUUGUAGAAUAUUGAAUAAUG